AUGCUGGCUUUCUAUGACAGAUUCUUGAAGAACAGGGCAACAAUUGCCAGCUGUCUCUACCAGCUCCUGCAGAAGGACGCCACGUGGAGAUAUGAGACCAACCAUCAAGAAGCAUUCGAUAAGCUUAAGAGAUUGCUGCUCAGUCAGACCGUACUGGCACACUACGAUGAACAGAAGGAGCUUCUCGUCUCAUGUGACGCUUCACCGUACGGCAUAGGAGCUGAGAUAGCACGUCUGACAAAACAAGACAGCAUCCUGCAGAGGUUGUACAAGGCAGUGCAGGAUGGCACAGUGGAAAAACUCACUGGAGAGGAGUUCACUCCUUACCGACGAAGAGCGACCGCACUAGCAUUUCAUCGUGAGUGCAUCACACUUGGAUCACAGGUGAUCAUACCAAACUCAGCACGAUCUCACGUCCUGGCACUUUUACAUGCUGGUCACCGAGGCAUGGUAGCCAUGAAAAAGGGCACAAGGAGCUACAUAUGGUGGCCCGGAAUCGACAAGGUAAUCAAAGAAACGGUGCGACAGUGCCGUGAAUGCCGUUCAACGCAGAAGAGCCCACCCAAAGCUCCUAUUCCCACCUGGGACCGUCGCCAGACACCAUGGCACACAGUGCACGUUGACUUCGUGGGGCCACUGCUCGGGCGCACCUACUUGGUUGUUGUGGACGCACACACAAAGUGCGUGGAAGUUCGGCACGUGAUGCAAGCAACAUCCGCGGUUUUCAUCGAUGUGCUCCGAAGCCUCUUUGCAACGUUUGGCAUUCCCUGA